CGUAUCACCUGACGAGACCUUGGUCAUGUCCCGCGCGGCGCUGGUAGACCUGUAUAUAGCCAGCUUACCUGGGGGUUUGCUUCAUUUCACUCAGUUCACAGGCAGACGAAGAGUCCCCACCUCUCUCUCUCUCUCGCUCGUUCACUCGCUUGCUGUCUCAUCCCCGGUUGUGAUUCACGACAACGACAGAGCCCAAUCUAGUCCGUGCGGAGGAUUAACCAGAGAGGAAACUCCUGCUGUUUAUUGUCGUGUGUCGCUCUUUAUCUGUAGGUGGAGUCGCACAAAACUUCGCAACAACUUGACAUCGAUCUCAUUUCUCAUCAUCGCGCGAGUGAGAUAGACGUGUUUACUUCGCUAGGAGUUAACAGGAGAAGCUUUGUAUCCUGGAGAUCGGGUAAUGUCCUCGCCAAGGACAGGCGCCUGAACUCUUGAGUCAACGCAACAAAGCGGAUUUCCCCUCUCGCGACCUUUUUUGUGUUUGUUAUCGCCCUGAAGAAUAAGUACGCGCUGCGUCCGGUUUUCAAGUAUUCUUUGUGAGUGACUCGAGUUGAGUUGAACAGUAAAAUCUAGGACAAGUUUGUUUAUGUUUGACCUACAUUCGAUGCUAUAUCUUCGUGACGGCUCAGCAGAUUGACUCAGUUACCCGUCGAGAUUCUGAAGGGAAAAGACUUGUGAAGAAAAGCAGAUUCCGUCUUUGUGUUUCUGACUGGGACAUUUUCUUCUGACGACUUACUUUGCCUUACUCCAACUGUGUGGCUUCUCUCACAAUCACAACUGAGAUAAAGCCUCCAUGAACUGGCAAUCGUAACAAACACUUGAGCUUGGAAGACUUUGGUCUCCCUAUCGCUACUGUUACAGUUCUCCACUCGUCUGCUCCGACUCCCAGACCCGAUGAGGCCCGUGUGUUCGGAGAUGGACGUGAUACUGACCACACAGAUGUCCGACCUGCUGUGCUCGCGUCUGCCCCGUGUGCUCACAACCUGUCUCGUCGUCCCAGAAGACACAAAAACACACCGCGCCAUGCCAGGCGAGUGUACUCACGCGCACAACGACUUUACCCUCACAAAUCAGACAAGCCACACCCUGUUGGCGAAAUGUGCUCACAACGACUUUAUUCACACAAAAAACUCGUGCGCUUCUUUCCUCAAAGAAAACAAUAAUAGAUCUAAUAUUAUGUUCUCCGAGCCCCACAGCAAGAGAACCAAACUGAACAGCUUGAGACAAUCUCGUAGACAGGACUGUGCGGACGUCGCCAAAGCCUUCGUGUAUUCCACAGACAUGGCGUCCGCCUCCGAAGACUCACGUCUCGCCGGGACGUGCUCAGAGAUCAAGUCCGGCAAUCUAGUCAUGAUCAGCUCCCCGCUCCACCCAACCUGGACUCAACGCACCCGCUCCAGAAGCUGUCCUCGCUCUGAUGACGUCAGCACCCGCCACCCACUCCGGUGCCCGGUCAUUGUACAGGUGCACAAGAAGAGGUACGAACAUUACGCCGUGGUGAGGAAGACGAAGAACAGGCAGACCGAACAGCCGCUGUACCUGAACCUGAGCAAAAGCUCGGCCUGUCUCUCCGACUCCCGCCCCUGUCAGUUCACAGUCUAUCUCAACAGCGCCGAGGGGAAAUCCUUCACGUUCGAAGCGAGCAACCCAGAGGCGGCCAAAGACUGGGUGCGUGCGCUCACCCCAGCGGUACCGGGAGUGACAUCAGAGCUAGUCAGAACCCCACGACUCAGGAAACCGUUAGAAAACGUCAACUCUGUCAUCAUGGAAGAGGAGGAAGGACAGACGAUGGACUCAUCCCCUUGUCCCUCCCCUCAUCACUUCAUCUCCCCUUCCCUGGAGAAAACAUCGAAGCUGAACUCCUCUGAACUGGCUCCCAUCUGGUCGACCAACUGUCUCGGCUCCAAAAGCCCCAUCUCAAACGCUGCCAGCAGAAGAGCGUCAAGAAAUUCCGGGAAAACGUCAAGACUUUGUACGGGGAAUGAGCUAGAGGUGGGAAGAAGAACGGAGAACUCGACUCACUGUUUCACACUCACCAUCAGCGCAGGGAGAUCUCAUGACGGGUUUGAACCCAUAGCGAGAGCUUCCUCCAUGCCAGUCCUCUUUGAGGAGGGAGAGGAGGAGGAGGAGGAGGAGGUGAAUGCUAUGGAGGAGGAGGAGGUUUUUGAAGAAUAGACUUCUCUGUUUCAGUUUUGACUCUACUCAGGUUAAUUAUUUAUUUGAACAUCAAUGUGAUAUUGUUAAUGGUUGUGUGAAUGAUAUUAUACAUUAUACAUGUUGGUUUGUUAAGCAAAAGCAGACGGAUCGAAGUUUGGACAAACAGACUGACAGACAGACAGACAGACAGACAGACAAACAAACAAACAAGAAGA